AUGAAAGCUCUUCCGGCCUCUUCGACAUGGGAGCACGUAGGGGGAGGACCCGGUGGGUUGGAGAUGAAAAAUCUAUCCGCACAUUCCGCACAACAUUCGUCAGCGAGGGAAAAGCACGCGUCCUGGCAGCCAAAACGCGAGGAUACCGUCGCAAUGGGACAAGAUAAAUCACCGACACUCGAUGGUCGAAGGCAAUCCCAACGACAGCGUCCUAAAAUCGACUCCGACGAGGAUGGAGACGACGAUGUCCGAUUCGGUUCGGUUGCGGUUCGCAGCAGGACAACUUUUAAUCCGCUUCGACGCGAGGAGCACGAAGGACGGUGGCCAACGCAGGUCACCACGACGUCACCCCGCUCCGUCGAAAAAUCCGAAAACAAUCAACCGGAAAUGAAACUUUCCCGUCGCCAUUGGGAUACCCGUCGUUUGAACGACGGCAAGGAACGACAUCACGCUGAUGACGUUGAUGACGACGAUGACGUUGUCGACGCGGCGAAGGAUGAUUACUACGACACGCCGACGGUCGAGGGCGGCACCAGCGAAGGUGAUAAUUAUGAGGAUGACAAAAUAAUCAAUUCGGGAUCGUUGGACAACUUUUUCGAUAUGAAGUCGUCGUCCGCUUCGCCGUCGUCGUUAUCGUCGUUGUUACCGGGAGCAGCAGGUGUCGGUUCGGAACAUCGAAGGGGUGAUUUUAAAAACGGUGCGUCAAAGCCGGAUCUCUUCGGAAAGGACUCGCAGGAUGUUGAGGAGGAAGACGACGACGCGAACGAGGGUGAUGAUGAAGACGAGGACGAUGAGGACCGCGAGGAGGACUACGGGGAAGCGUCCUACGGUGAGGAUAUCCUUCCGCCGAGUGAAGCGUUCGGAAGCUUCGGUGGACGGACGGAUGAUGGGCUGAAGGUGGAGGAAGCGCCGUACUUCCUGGUGGAGCCUCAGAGCACUCACGUCAUCCGAAGCAAACCGGCCGUCCUGAAGUGCAAAGCUGCCAACACUCUGCAGAUUCAUUUCAAGUGCAGUGGCAGCAUAAAGCCACCUCCGUCGAUCGAGGAGUCGCACGUGGAUCCGCACAGUGGCGUCCACUUUCAGGAGGUGACGGCCACGAUCUCGCGCGACCUGGUGUUCGAGAACUUCGGGAAGCAACCGUUCAAGUGCGAGUGCCACGCCUGGUCUCCGCGCGGGAAAGCUGUAAGUCAGCCGGCUUCGAUCGUCGUUGCGUAUUUGAAGAAACAUUUCGAGCUCCCGGAGACGCACAUCCGAGCCGAAGCUGGGGAAAAACUGGAAAUCAAAUGCAUCGCUCCGAAGGGCUAUCCGAAACCCCAGAUAACGUGGCUGAAGAACAACUUUACCAUCACGUCUAGUCCGCUGCUGACAUUCACAACCGAUGGCAACAUUGUGAUAACCAGCGUGAACCUGCAGGACAUCGGGAACUAUACAUGCGUCGCGGAAAACAUCGCUGGCAAGAGGACUUCGGAAUCGAUUGAACUAAUCGUCUAUGUGAACGGAGGUUGGAGUCAAUGGAGCGCCUGGCUAGAAUGUCGAUGUCCGGGAAAACCGGCCCAGGGAAGGAAGCGAACGCGGACCUGCAGUGAUCCCAUUCCGCUCUACGGAGGGGCACCCUGCGUCGGGCCAAACCAGCAGAAGACGGCAGAUUGUGUAACCUGUCCAGAAGACACACAAAUUAUCACCCCUAACGGAUUUGAGGAUAACACAUUUGAGCGCCGUUGGUCCGCUUGGUCAGCGUGGAGUUCGUGUACGAACAAAUGCACCCAGUCCAGGAGACGUGUUUGCCGCACGCAGACGGUGGACUACUACGAUAAAGCGCUCGUGAAGCGCCAUCAACAGUUGGCCGCCCUGAUGGAGGACCACCACGAGCAGGAGAGCAGCGCCUACGGAUGCCACGGCAAGGACCUGCAGACCAUCGUUUGCCGCGGUGGUGAAUGCAAAAUUGAUGACACAGAAUCGGUCAGCUUCGCAUUGCCGGUAAGGAAUAAUUUGCAGCAUUUUAAGUCGCUAUCCGCCACGUCCAUCACCGAUACGUCGAACUCAACGUACGCCAUCGCAACCACCGACUCGCUGGAGACGUGCAGCUCGUCGGAGGCCAUGUACAAAUCCACGUCCGCCCGGCAAGUUGUCACCUCCGACGGUGGUUGGCUCGAGCUGGAGCACCUGCAGACGUCCCUGUCCAUCCCGGAGGAAGCGUUGCCUGCGUCGCUCAAAAUCAACGUGUUCCUGGCCGUCAUAUACGACUCGAAGGAUACGAUUCUGGUCGAGAAUCAGGUGACCCACAUCAGCCCAACAGUUGUUUGUGGGCCAGCGAAGAGUAACUUCACGAAACCGCUCAUCCUGCGGGUGCCACACUGUGCCGAGGACAUUGCCAGCUGGAAGGUGUCUCUGUUGUACAAGGAGGAGGUCACGAACUGCUGGAAGAAGAUCGCCUCGUCCGAGAACGACGUGCCGAGUCCGCAGGCCUACAUCCAGCUCGACCAGCACAACGCGUACAUUAUGACGCGCAAACUCGGCAAGUACAGUCUGGGUGGGGAAAGUCUCGCCCCGGAGGUCGGCGUUAUCAAACGGUUGAAGGUUGUGAUGUUCGGGCCGGCGAGAAAACCGGACGCGGACUUUAACAUCCGUGCGUACGUGCUGGAGGACUACCCGAGCGCACUCGAGCACUGCACCAGGAUCGAGGGUCGCCUGGGCUACUUCCAGAUUGGCCAGAGCUCGCCGUUCCACUUCGCGAACAGCAAGGAAGCGAUGACACUGCGCAUCAACUGCUCCGGUGGUUGGACAACGGACGUGGAAUGUGCCGUGCAGACCAUCCCCUUCAAUCACAUCUGGAAGAACAUGUCGAUCCUGCACUGCGAGUUCUUGCUGCGCAAGCUGGUUAACGAGAUGCCGUGCCUUCGGCUGGAGCUGUCCGCCGAGCAGGACAACGGGGCGUAAGUGCUCGUCACCUCCGUGGCAUUCUCGUGA